AAUCUUGAUUAUUAAAGUUCCCCCAGUUGAGCUAUGAGCGCUCAGUUCUUCGUUAGCUCUUGCCAGGUGAUAGUGCCUUUACUCGCAAAUCGCCAGCACAUUUUCCCAAAGUUUUGUGUGAUAUUGUGCUGUGGCUGAGUCGAGGAAAAGUCUCUGUGGAGUUCAGUCAGCUCAUAUUUUGAGGCUCUCCCAUUGGUGCAGGAGCUCUUUUCUGGGUGCUUUCUAAGGGAUUUCUCAAGUGGUUCGAAAUGGAGGGUGUCAGUGGGAAUAAUUUCAAGUGUCUCAAUGAUGAUUUACCGAGUGCUAGUGAAAUGUUCUCAGGAAUUUCUGCCCCGAUAGUCACUUGCAUUGCAAUUGGUGGAUGUGUGUUCAUCACCACCAUCACCAUCUUCUGGACGCAAGUGAGAUUCCUCCUGGAAAACACACCAAAACCCUACAAAUCUCGCACAGUCACUUUGUGUGCCAUUUAUCAGAUUGUCUCCCUGGUUUGCUUCGUAUCCAUGAUCAUCCCGAGAUUCUUCUUGCUGGCAGAGAUGAUUGCAGUGUUAACAUUUGGAUUUGCUGCCUUCCAAAUCAAAUGCCUCGUCAUCGAGUACGCGAGCGGCGAGAGCAACUUCAUAAAAAUCGCCGGCGACAAUGCGCUUAACAUGAGAGUACCGCCUUUCUGCCUCUUCUAUGGCUGCCUCAGGAAUGGAGAAUCCAUCAACAAAGUCAAAUUCCUCUCAAUUCGCCUCCUGAUCGGUCAGUUUGUAGUGGUCCAGGGGGUCCUCUAUGUCAUGCUGACCGCGAUCUACGUCGACGAACCGAACUUUUACAAUUCUAUUCGUUUUUACUUCAUUCCUUUCGUAAUCAUCUCGAUUUGUUGCUGCAUAUGGGGUCUUCAAAUGCUUAUGAGGAUGAUCGCUCCUUAUUUCCCCUAUUACAAAAUUAUGCAGAAGUACCUGGUAGUUCAAUUGGUUCUGCUCAUGUGCAAAAUUCAACCAACAAUUGCAGACUUGGUGGUGACUAAUGUUAACUUCCCUUGCAAUUAUCCUCUGACGCCUCAUGUGUACAAGAAUGUUGUGAUAAAUCUACUGAUACUCAUUCAGAUGAUGUUUUUGUCAAUCUGGGCUAUAAAACUGUAUCGAAAGCCGCUGAAGAAGCCACAGGUUCACACAGUCUACCGAUCUACGUCGAUCACAACGAGUAACCUCAGUGUUAACACAACAGUUGAGUACAUGUAGGAUCUUAACCAAAAAAAAACCCUAAAAAUAAGUGCUAUUUAUUGUGAUAAAUUAUAAAACAAAACCUCUCUUCCCUCAUUAAGUUAUUUAUAAUUAAGUGGAUACAAUAUGGGAGAAUCAUCUUAUAGAUGGAAACCUAAAUAAAUUUGAUAGAAAACGAUUAAAAA